AUGGGUUAUUUCUUGAAUUGCGUUCGAUUUCAUGUCUCUUCGACGGUCACCGAAAAACCCAGAACCAAAGUAGGAUCUUUGACCGUCUCUGGUGUGAACUGUUACAGUUGGGAUGACUUGGAAGCUCUCACUUCUAAUUUCUCUAAACUGAUUGGCUCUGGUGGCUACAGCAGUAUCUACAUGGCUCGCUUGUCUGGUUCCGACAAGGGAGCUCUCAAGGUUCAUGUUAGCAGCCACCGUCUUUACCAGAUCUUUAAAGUCGAGCUCGAGAUCUUGCUUCAUCUUCAACAUCCCAAUAUUGUUAAACUUCUCGGCUACUUCGACGAUUCAGAGGAAAAUGGUGCUCUUCUUCUCGAGUAUCUUCCUCAAGGGAAUUUACAGGAGAAGCUAAAUAGCAACAGCAAGCAAGUCUUGCCAUGGAGGAACCGUAUCGCCAUUGCGUUUCAGCUAAUUCAAGCCAUUGAACACAUUCACGAGAAAUGUAGCCCUCAGAUUGUGCACGGAGACAUCAAAUCCUCCAAUGUCCUCUUGGACAAAGACUUUAAUUGUAAGCUUUGCGAUUUCGGGUCAGCUAAAGUCGGGUUCUCUUCAAUGGUUCAGCCUCCUACGAUGUCGCCUAGAUCCAAACAAGUGAUGAUGGUGGGAUCUCCGGGUUACACAGACCCUCACUACUUGAGAACCGGUAUUGCUUCGAAGAAGAUGGAUAUAUAUGGGUUUGGAGUUGUGGUUCUUGAAUUGGUUUCUGGAAAAGAAGCGGUUUCUGCUGAGAGAGGCGAGAUGUUAGUGCAUACAGUGGCUCCACUUCUCCAUGAAAUUCUCGAUUCAAGUGUGGACAUCAAGGAAGACUAUGUGAGACGGUUUUUGGAUCCGAGGCUGUUAAGAGAUUGUAUUGAUAUUGAUGAGGUGAAGACAAUGCUGAGUGUGGCUGCGCUCUGUCUCCGUAGCCCACCAUCUCUAAGACCUUCGGCUUCUCAAGUGUCGGAAACACUUGUACAGAAAAUCCCAUCUUUGAGCUUCCUCGGAGUGAAGAACACUGUAUAG